GUUUGUUUACAAUAACAGAUCAACACGUGCAGGUAUGUUCACAAGGACACUCAUAAACACACGCACACGGACUCAGUUGUCAAUUAUUAAACAAACAUGAUACUGUUCAGCGAGAGAGAGAGAGAGAGCGAGAGAGAGAGAGAGAGAGCGAGAUCACACAAGCCACAGCCAUUUCACACACACACACACACACACACACACACACGUCUGAUCCUGAACGUCGACACACUCCCGCUGGAUAUUUCUCAGGAUUGUUCUGCAUCCUGAUGACCUCUGACCAUCCAUGAUGGACUCAGCCGCUCCUCCGAACAUCCCCGAUGAUCGAACUCGUCCAGGGCCUCCCGGCCUCCAGGAGGCUCAUGAAUCCUCCGGACAGAGAGAAGCCACGCCAUUACCCAGCGUUCCUGCAUACGACUCGGUCAGCAUCCUCACCGCCGGCCCGUUGAACGACACGGACAGCAUCCAAACAUCCCAUCACACGUACGACACAGACAGCAACCGCACCCUGAACCCGGCGUUCGACACGGACAGCACCCACACCCUCCACCCGCCGUACACGAGCCCCGCUGGAGGGGAUGGCCCGACCAGCAGCGUCCCAGCCAACCCUCCUCCAUACAGCCCACCGGACCCCAAAACAGCCUACCUCAUGUACCCGCAGUACCCCAACCAGCCCGUCAUCGCCUGUCAGCCUGGAGCCAAUCCUGCUUUCUACCAGCCCUCCUUCCUCCCGCCGUCCACUUACCCAUCCUACACUAUAUACAUGAACGGGCCGCCGCUGGGAGAGGAGCAGCUGCCGUUACCUAAAGAUUACCUGGUUGAGUCUCUGCUGGUGACCAUCUUCUGCUGCCUCAUGACCGGCCUCGUCGCUGUCAUGUACUCGUAUGAAACCCGUGCAGCGCUGACCAGGGGUGACAUCCGUGAAGCGGAGAAAACGUCCCAGAAGGCUCGUCUGCUUGUCAUGUUCAGUUUGAUGUUCGGUAUAUUUGUUCUUGUGGGCUGGAUUAUUUAUGUAGUGAUAGUGCUCUGUGCAUAGAAACGUUCUCAUGCUAACCAAGGCUGCAUUUAUUUGAUCAAAUAAUUCGGUAAAACCAGUUAAAUAUCAUUACAAUUUUCUAUUUGAAUAUAUUGUAAAAUGAAAUUUAUUUCUGUGAAUCAAAGCUGAAUUUUCAGCAUCAUUACUCCAGUCUUCAGUGUCACAUGAUCCUUCAGAAAUCAUUCUAAUAUACUGAUUUGCUCAAAAAACAUUUCUGAUUUUUAUUCAUGUUGAAAACAGUUGUGCUGCCCAUUAUUUUUGUGAAAACUGUGAUACAUUUUACGAUACUUUUGAUGAAUAGAAAGUUGAAAAGAACAGCAUUUAUUUCAAAUAGAAAUCCUUUGACAUUAUAAAUGUCUUUACUGUCACUUUUGAUCAAUUUAAUGCAUCCCUGCUGAAUAAAAGUAUUAAUUUCUGUCAAAAAAAAAAAAGGUCUCACCCCAAACCUUUAAACAGUAGUGCAACUGCUGGGAAGAAACUAAUUUUAUUGCACUGAGAUGUUGUUUGAAGGUGUAGCAUCACUUCUUUUUUUUAACUAUUAUUUUUAAACGUGGUAAAUGGUAGUAAUAAAGUCAUGAAAACUCACACAAAUUAAUGUAUGGGAACUAUACCAGUCGAAACGUCAUUCAAACAUUUGACUGUUUGUGUACAAUAUACUGCAAAUGCAGACAGAACUGAAACUCCUGUAUAGCAGUAAAAGUGACUCUCGUAUGAAAAGCACAAAGUGUGAGAUUCAAACAUUAACGUCUUACAUUUUAAACAGGUUUAACCCUGAUUUUAUUGCAUCAUGUUCUAUGAUAUGUACUUUCAGAAGAUAAUCAAUCAUCGAUAAGAGUUUGCAUUUACAUUUUAUUACAUUCAUUUGUUCCUGGAACAGGAAAUGAACGGCUUUUUCCUGUCACUGGUAAUAAACCUUGUAUUUUUGUUGACUUAGUUACGUAAAAACUACCAUCAUCUACAACUGCUAACAAACUGAAUUAGAUGUACAGUCUCUAAUGUUUAUAAGAAGCACUAUUGUGUUAAACCUAAUGUAUUUAUGUUGUACUGAAUAAAAAGCAUACCAAAAAGGA